UGUGGCAGCCAGUGAAGGAGACUAGGAAGGAGAAGAGCUUCCCUACAGCUCAUCGCUUCAAAGCUGUCAACACAUGGGACUGGUUUGGACAUUACUCCCCAACACAUAACUAAUAACGCCGCUUUUGGACACUUGUCAUCUCGCCACUGUCACCGAGAGAAACUCGAGUGUCAUUUAACCAUGGUUUCCAUGGAGCACGUGGCUCACAAGAUCCUAACUUUCUUGCCAUAUGUUCUCGUUUUGAUUGACAUGCGAUACGAAGGAGUAAAGUGUGGCAGGGAAGGGAGCGUGGACCAUCACAUGGAGAUGGGCAAGAAGCUGCUCGCAGCAGGACAGCUAGCCGACGCUCUGUCUCACUUCCAUGCCGCCGUGGAUGGAGAUCCCAAGAACUACUUGGCCUAUUACAGGAGAGCCACGGUGUAUCUGGCCAUGGGCAAGUCCAAGUCGGCGCUGCCGGAUUUGAGCAGAGUCAUCGAACUCAAACCGGACUUCACAUCUGCACGUCUUCAGAGGGGAAACCUCCUUUUGAAGCAAGGCAAGCUGGACGAAGCGGAGAGUGACUUCCGGAAAGUGUUGAAGGUCCACCCCAGUGAGAAGGAGGCAACGGAGGCCCAGAAUCAGCUGUCGAAAUCUGACGAGAUCCAACGUCUGGUGGCUGAAGCGAAACGCAGCUACGACAUUCAAGACUAUGCGACGGCCACCGCCCUGCUGGACACCAUCAUAGAGACUUGCGUUUGGGACGUGAACUCCCGCGAGAUGCGCGCCGAGUGCUUCAUUCAGAUGGGCGAGAUGGGAAAGGCCAUCAGUGACCUGAAGGUCUCGUCCAAGUUGAGGAACGACAACACGCACGCCUUCUACCAGCUCAGCACCAUCUACUACAAUCUGGGAGACCACGAGAUGUCGCUCAAUGAGGUGCGCGAGUGCCUAAAACUGGACCCCGAUCACAAGCAGUGCUUCAGUCACUACAAGCAGGUCAAAAAGCUCAACAAACAGAUCCAGUCUGCUGAGGAACUCAUCCAAGAGCAGAGGUACGAGGACGCCGUGAGUAAAUUCGAGGCAGUGAUGAAGACGGAGCCCAACGUGGCUCAUUUCACAAUCAUGGCGAAGGAGCGCAUCUGUCAUGCGUUGACACAUGGCCAGCAGCAGCCCGCCAGAGCCAUCAAAGUGUGCGGCGAAGUUCUCCAGUUGGACCCGCACAACGUCAACGUGUUGAAGGACAGAGCCGAGGCCUACAUUCAAAAUGAACAGUAUGAGGAAGCCAUUAGAGAUUACGAAAGUGCUUCCGAACACAGCGAGAAUGACCGUCAGAUCAAAGAAGGUCUGGAGAAAGCACAGCGCCUCCUCAAGCAGUCUCAGAAGCGAGACUACUACAAGAUCUUGGGCGUCAAGAGGACGGCCCAGAAGAAGGAGAUCAUCAAAGCGUACAGAAAACUGGCCCAACAGUGGCACCCGGACAACUUCCAGGACCCAGAAGAAAAGAAGGCAGCUGAGAAGAAGUUCAUCGACAUUGCUCAGGCCAAGGAGGUCCUAACCGACCCGGAAAUGAGAACCAAGUUCGACCACGGCGAAGACCCCAUGGACCCCGAGAGUCAACAGGGUCACCACAGGGGGGGCGGCCAUAAAUUCCACACCUUUCAAGGCUUCAACCCGUUCGGAUCAGGACCCUUCCACUUCAAAUUCAACUUCAACUGAGGACGCCGGAGCGCAGACUUUAAUGUCUUCAUUUAAAAAGGGAGCUUGUCAGCUCAAUUAAAACGGUUUGUCAAAAUGUGGACUGCUCCAUUUUGAAUACGACGCGUUGCUAUGCAAACAAAGAGGAGCAUUUAACUACCGGGAGCAAAGGGUUUUAUCUUUGAUGUGCAUCCAUUCAGGAAAAUCAUUUUGUACAUGCCAACAAACUAAUAUUUUUACGAUUGGACUGUGUUUUCACCUGUAAAUAAAGAGCUUAUUUAUGUAUGUAAAAUGCACUUCAAAA